GGGGCAGCAGCUGCAUCCUGGUGUCCAUCGCGGGCAAGAACGUGAUGCUGGACUGCGGCAUGCACAUGGGCUACAACGACGACAGGCGCUUCCCCGAUUUCUCCUACAUCACCCAGAACGGGCGGCUGACGGACUUCCUGGACUGCGUCAUCAUCAGCCACUUCCACUUGGACCACUGUGGAGCCCUGCCAUAUUUCAGCGAAAUGGUCGGCUACGACGGACCCAUAUACAUGACGCACCCCACCAAGGCCAUCUGCCCCAUCCUGCUGGAAGACUACAGGAAAAUCACCGUGGAUAAGAAAGGCGAGACCAACUUCUUCACUUCUCAGAUGAUUAAGGAUUGCAUGAAGAAAGUGGUAGCUGUCCACCUUCAUCAGACCGUCCAGGUGGAUGACGAGUUGGAAAUCAAGGCAUACUACGCUGGCCAUGUGCUGGGAGCAGCCAUGUUCCAGAUCAAAGUUGGCAGCGAGUCUGUGGCGUACACAGGAGAUUAUAAUAUGACGCCAGACAGGCAUUUAGGUGCUGCUUGGAUUGAUAAGUGUCGCCCUGAUCUAUUGAUCUCGGAGUCCACCUACGCCACGACUAUCAGAGACUCCAAGCGCUGUCGGGAACGAGACUUCCUGAAGAAGGUUCAUGAAACCGUGGAGAGAGGAGGGAAGGUCCUUAUCCCGGUGUUUGCUCUGGGACGUGCCCAAGAGCUCUGCAUCUUACUGGAGACUUUCUGGGAAAGAAUGAACCUGAAGGCCCCGAUUUAUUUCUCCACCGGUCUCACGGAAAAGGCCAAUCAUUACUACAAGCUCUUCAUCACGUGGACCAAUCAGAAGAUUCGCAAGACUUUUGUCCAGAGAAACAUGUUUGAAUUCAAACAUAUCAAGGCUUUUGACAGGGCCUUUGCUGACAACCCUGGGCCAAUGGUCGUAUUUGCAACUCCAGGCAUGCUACAUGCAGGACAGUCCCUACAGAUCUUCCGGAAAUGGGCGGGGAAUGAAAAGAACAUGGUCAUCAUGCCAGGUUACUGUGUGCAAGGAACUGUAGGCCACAAGAUCCUGAGUGGGCAGCGGAAGCUGGAAAUGGAAGGGAGGCAAAUACUGGAAGUGAAGAUGCAGGUGGAAUACAUGUCCUUCAGUGCCCACGCCGAUGCCAAGGGCAUCAUGCAGCUGAUCCGCCAGGCUGAGCCACGCAACGUGCUCCUGGUCCAUGGGGAGGCAAAGAAGAUGGAGUUCCUGAAGCAAAAAAUUGAACAGGAAUUUCAUGUGAACUGUUACAUGCCUGCAAACGGAGAAACAACUACGUUUUUCACCAACCCCAACAUCCCCGUGGACAUCUCCCUUGGACUGCUGAAGAGAGAGACUGCACUAGGUCCCCUCCCAGACGCCAAGAAGCCAAAGCUCAUGCAUGGCACAUUGAUCAUGAAGGAUAAUAGCUUCCGUCUGGUCUCUCCUGAGCAGGCGCUAAAGGAGCUGGGCCUUGCAGAGCACCAGCUGCGCUUUACCUGUCGUGUCCACAUCCAAGACCCUCGCAAGGAGCACGAAACAGUGCUGCGGGUUUACAACCACCUCAAGGGCAUCCUCAAGGAUUAUUCAGUUCAGCACCUCCCUGAUGGGUCUAUAAUGGUGGAGUCUAUUCUCAUCCAGGCCACAGCACAUUCAGAGGAUCAAGGAACCAAAGUUCUGCUCGUUUCCUGGACGUACCAGGAUGAAGAACUGGGCAGCUAUCUGACCUCCCUCCUGAAAAAGGGGCUGCCCCAGUCAACGGGCUGAGUGUCUGCAGCAAGGACGAGGAAGCUCCAGGUCAUUUCCACUUUUUUUUUUUUUUGUACAUUGUCAGAAAGGCGAAGCAGGGGAGGAUGUAAAUAUGUAGGUUGUGUUUUUUAAAUUAAAAAAAAUUAAGUCUCCUCUGUCCCAUAGCCUGUGCAGUUCAAUAUGCUCCAAGUCCUCACGCAGGGUUCUGAUUUAGCAACAGUGGUUUCUCAACUGGAAAAACCCUCACUGAGUUUUUCUGCUUGCCUUUAUUUUUGAGGUGUGAAAAGUCAGUCACCCUCUGACAGUAACUUUCCAUGCGGCAAGUAGGUUUUGAUUUCAGUAAUAAACAAGUGAGAACAACCCACACGCCACUUUCCUCUCCUCAGUCACUGCCCCAUGAAUUUCUAUUGUCUUGCUCGGUCAGCUCAGCUGGGUCCUUAAAAGCCUUUUGAACAGGAGCCAUCUGUCUUUGGUAGCUCAGUUGGACACUGCUAUGGGAGUGAUAUAGCAUCCUAAGAGAAAACAGGUUUGAGGCAUUAAUGAAAACAGUUUAAGAGCCAUUUAGCUUCAGCAUUAAAAUGGAAAAGACCAGAUAGCUCAAUCCUGUAUUAACACAAAGUCCCAAGCCUCGUAUUGCAGCAGUAACUUAAUCUAUUGAAAUGUCUGCAAAACUUCCUUGCACAGUAGCUGACAAGCCUAGAGUAGGGCGCUCAUACGUUUUUUCUGUCCCUCCAUGCUUCUAAUGUCCCUGUUGGGUCAGAGAAAAGAGCCCUCCAAUGAAGUUAGUUGCACCUGUGUUCUGGGAAUGGUACAAGAAUAACAGUGUUGGUAACCAGUGGACCUCAGUAGCAACACCCUGUUGAGGCACACGUUUAUUCCCACUUCACGGAUGCAUGGCAGUUGAAGGAGUUGCCAAAAAAUCUCUGAGCCAAGUUGGCAGACCUGGGAUUUGACCCCAGGGGUUUGCAACUCCUUAUCCUUUUAUUCUAGGCACUGCCCAGACUGCCUCCCUUGAAGUUAAAAUAAAGAAUACCCCAACCUUGUGAAAAAAGUUCAGAUGAAGAAAUGAGUCAUUUCAGUUAGGUAGCUAAGUAUGCCAAACAACCCUUAUUGGGACAGGUCCAUUUAAUACUUAGAAUUCAAUAUCUAUUUAACUGUAAUGAAUCCACUCAGUGCAACAUGAAAAAUGAAUACCAUAUACAAAAACAAUCUGUUUAAUAAGGCCAAAAGUGUAAUACAGCAAUUGCUUGUGUGUUUUAAUUCCCCUUUUUAAUUCACAGUGUGUAGCCAGCAGCCGUUCAGGGCUGGAAUUGUUCUUAUUCUACAAGGAUAUGUUAAACGACAGCAAGAUAACUGCCUUGCUUGCUUUGGAAAUCAGCCUAGCAUUGCCACUUUCCAGUAAAGGAUUUUUUUAACUUAACAGUAAUGUUAAUUUGGAAAUUUUGCUCUGCAGUCUUACUUCUGACAUUUUGUCACUGCUUAUGAAACCCACAGUGGGACUGGGUACAAAUGCAAGUCUUUCUAAUUCACAGACCAGGCUGCUUUCUGCCACCUCUGCUACCAGGCCUUACAGCUUGGCCGCAGCCACAGAUAAAGAUUGCUGUUAUCAGGUGAUGCUUCUUUUGGCAAGGUAGGAUGGAAGCAGCCGUUUUUAACAUGGACACUUCACUUCAGAAGUAUAGAACCAGGCAUAAUACAGCCUUGACCUCAGAGAGUUCCCUUACUACUACUUGUGCUACAGUUCAAAGUUAGAGUGAGAAGUUCCAUCUGCAGAAUAAGAGAGUUUGGACAUACCUUUACUCCUGUGUGCCAAUGUCAUGCCUUCAACGGUGCCUUCUUGGGUGUCCCUGCACACACGGGCCCUAACACCUGUGAAGAGGAAAGGAAGCAGACUGUUGCUGUCUGCAAACAGACCGACUUCUCUGAUGGCUGUACAAAGCAGAGGUGAACGCUGAGGUCUUCCACCUGAAGUGUUACAGCGGCACGAAUUGCCUCACAAGUUAUGCAGUAAAACCCUCCCACGCUGCUCUGCAGAGAAACCACAGGAAGUGAAGAUGAAAGCCAAGCACUCGGGGGUACGCUGGAGGAGCCGUCUGGGGAGCUGAAUGCAAAAUUUCCGUGGAGGUGCGGUGGUUGCACCGUUCACAGCGGGCGUUAUGGGAAACUUGAUCUGUGUGAAAGGCCUGGUCCAACGUCCCAUGUGCAGAGGCACCAGAAGCUAUGACACAGCCCUAGCCCUCUCUCCUAAGGGCUGCCCACUUCUGCAGCAGGUGUUGACACUCGAGUUUGACUUGGGCUCAGACCAAAUGCCUUUCACUUGGGACCUAAUCCAUAGUUGAGUCACAUCUACCAGAUCUGACUUAGGUAUCUACAUUGAAGCUAUAUUUAAGAUUAUUUUUAGAUUAUUUAUAAUCCUCCCCCCACAUUUCAGACAUUUCUUGCCCACCGCAACACUGCAGCUAGCCCUUUAGCUGUCCCCAGGCCCCGGAUGCCUAUGGCGUGAGCCUCUGGCCCUUACAGGCAGACGCAUGCAGCAGUGGUUGGGCACCAGUGGUCCUACCUACACUGAGACCACACUAUUCACUUCUUUUCCUAGGUGACCACCUGGGCGGUGUUUUCCAGGGCUCCCCACAAGAGGAACUGCUACUGCUAAGACGGCAGCUCCCAAUUCCUUCAUGUGCUACAAGGCAAGGAAGGAAAUGGGUAGAAGCCAACCAGUUGUGGCUGAAACUGCAACUAAGGGGUCAGUUUUUACCUCUGUUGGUUGACGGCUGAAAGUCAGUCUCUUGAUAAACCUGCUCCGAGGAAUGGAAGAAAGGGGACAAAGUGUGUUAUUUUACCUUGGGGAAACUCAUGAGAAUCACAAGAGUGGAGAGCAGCACUGGCCUUCCAGAGGUCAGUCAAUCCAUGCCACUCCUAGAGGCAGGACCAAGUAUCCCUCACUGAUGACCCUUGCCAUCAAAGGGCCCAUUCCCUCCCCCAGACAGCACCAGUUUACCUGAAGGAGCAGCUGGUGGGUUUCUGAAAACCAGCACAGAUGUUCAAGGAGGCGUCCUGAUAUGUUUGCCACGUUGCAUUUGACCUUUUCUCCCAUUGCAAAUCCUUACCAUGAGAAAAGGGGCGACAGCACUGCUGACAGCAGGUCCCAUAACAUGACAUUAACUACAAAAUCUGCACAUGCUGCUUUUUUGGCAAAUCCAGAAGACAAAAAUCUUGGUGCCGUAGAAUAAAAAGCCCUGCAUCACCUGCUGGGCAACACUAAAAUGAGUCAGCAGGUGAGAAAAAUGUGGCGGUGGAGAACAACUCCCCCUACCUAAAGGCUAAGUUCACACAGCAAACUAUCUUGGCAUAAAGCAUUCACAUUCAA